AUGGAAAAUCGUCGGGAAGAAGAGGAGAAAGCGAGAGGCAGAGACAUCCAGAUUUUGGAAAAAGAGAGGAAUCUCUUCCAGGAGAGGAUGGAAAACGCUCUGAAGGAGGGAAAAGAGCUCGCCUCGAGACUUAAAGAAGCUGAAGCCACCAAUCGAGUGUUGGCUUCGGCGAAUGAAGACUUCAAGAGGACGAAUGACCAAAUGCAAGACGCUCUGGAAGAGAAAGAGAAGGAGAUCGACCAUCUAGAAAAUUUGAAGGAAGUGUCUGCACAAGAAAUAGCUGAUCUGCAACAGAUGAAUGGCGAUCUCGAGAAGGAAAUUGAAAAGAAUCUGGAUGAACAGGAGAAGAACAGAAUUUUGAACGACGAAGUUCAGCAAAUGAGAAAUUGGGUUGCUGAACUAGGCGGUCAGAAUGCUAAGAUGGCUGAGGAACUGGACCAGAAAGAACAGGAAAUAAGUUCACUAAAGGAUUCUUUAGGAAAUGAAGAAGUAGAGAAUAGAAUUCUGAAAGAAGAAGUUCAGCAGAUGAGAAACUGGGUUGCUGAACUAGGCGGUCAGAAUGCUAAGAUGGCUGAGGAACUGGCCCAGAAAGAACAGGAAAUCAAGUCACUGAAGGAUUCUUUAGAAAAUGGAGAAGGCGAAAACAGAAUUUUGAAAGAAGAAGUUCAGCAGAUGAGAAAUUGGGUAGCUGAACUAGGAGGUCAAAACGCCAUGAUGGAGGAGGAACUGUCCAAUAAAGAAUUGAAAAUAAAUUCACUAAAGGAUUCUUUAGGAAAUGAAGAAGGAGAGAAAAUUUUGAAUUUUGAAGAAGGUUCAGCAACAAAUGAGGAACUGGGUAGCUGA